UUUUUUGCUCAUGUGACAAAAUAAAUUAUAUAUAAAAUUAUACACAAGGGAGAAUAAGACGAAAAUUACCAAAAUACAUCAGAAAAUUUAGUCGAGGGUGAAUGAAAUUUGGUGAUAAAGACUCAAGGGUGAAUGCCAUUGAAAUAGUUUAAGAAACACUGUUCUAGAACAAACAAUCCAAGUUUGUUCAACCCUUCCUUGUAGUUAAUACCGCCUCAUCCAGACAGCAUUCUGAUAACUUUUCAGGUCGGGACUCAUCUUCAGUCCAAAAAGUUGCCAUUAUAUUCAUGCCCUGAUCAAUAAUGGUGAGCUUUCUUUGUCACACUAUCCAUUUGCAAAACUCCAUCACAGGAAAAAAACUAUCGACUGACGUCUAUUACAAACCCACUGACUCUGUGACUGUGACUCUAUGCAUUGAAAAAAACAUUACUUACAUACCCAAUAGACAGAACUUUUUCAAAGCAUACACACAUCCUUCCCAACAUGUACACUCCGCGCCUCACAUCUCUAAGAGAUCGCUCGGCCUUGUCAUACACAUCUUCCUCAAUGCACAAAACUUCAAGUAAGCACCACCCGUCCUGCCACACAGCCCAACCAACACCUCCCCCACCACAAGCACCCACUGAAACCCUGCGGGCAGACCCAGUGUGACCUCACAAUCCCACUAGCUCAUCACAUGAUUGUCCUUGAUCCAAUUUCCUGGCCUGCCUUCACUUAGGUGCCUUUGAGCUGGCUAAACUAUCUGUCCUGCACCCACAUUGUCUGCCUGCCUCUGAUCUGGUUCAGCGAUCCUCACCCAAAAUCCAACGCAGUGAACUUAAGUUUAACGUUAUGUGACAUGCAAAUGACCAGAAUUAUUCCAUCUGCCUAUCAUUGGUCCUCCGAUCAGAACAUAAUCCAAAGAGUCGCCACCAGAACCAAUCACAUUGGAUUCCAUGGGCUUUUUAAGUUCAUUGUCUGCAGAAAUCCAUUCGGCUAACUGACGUUCAGGAAGUUCAAGCACAAUCUCUGCAGUCAGCAUGUUCCAGGCACCUACCACUUUCUUGGUAAAACAACUUGGACCACAGAUUUCAUAAAGAUUGUGCUGGGAUGGAUGGAAUGGGGCGCCAGAUGAAGUAUUUGAGGAAGGUACAAUAACAACAGUUAAAAGAUACUUGGACAAAAAGGAGGAACAAGUUUUGCCGAAUGUUGGAACUGAAAGACCUGCAGCAGGAAGACUGAGGCGGCAAGAAGCUGUUAAACCUGCAGCAACGUCACACCACCAUGUCUGUCGAAGACAUCAGAAGCCAAUUCUCAUGCUCAAUAUGUCUGGACACAUUUAAAGACCCAGUCACCACAGAAUGUGAGCAUGACUUUUGCAGACCGUGUAUAACAGAGUAUUGGGAUCGAGAGGAAACGUCCAUCUGUCCCCUUUGUCGACAGUAUUCCUCAGGCAUCUUGAGAACUAAUCGGACACUGGCCUGCGUUGUUGAGAUUCUUCAAUCAAAGAAAGACAGUUCAGAAGAAGCAGAUGCAUGUGGAGAAAACAAUUUUGGAUUCCUGCUUCUUGUCAUCCUCAUUUCUGUAAUUGUGCUCCUGUGGUCAGUGAGCCCAGAUGCUUCUUCACUUGGAUUUUACCCAAAGGAUUACGACAUGUGUCCUCAGCACAAGGAGAAGCUGAAGCUCUUCUGUGAGGAUGACCAGGAGUUACUUUGUCUUAUCUGCAGGGAUUCAAAUAAGCACGUAAACCAUCAGGUUUUCCCCAUCAGUGAAGCUGCUCGAAUCUACAAGAAAGAACUGUCCACAACUCUGGAAUUAUUGAAAAUGAAGCACAUCCAUCACCAAAUAAUCAAGUCCAGUUAUGAUGACAACAUGACUUUGUUGAUGGAUGAUGUGACAAUGACGGAGCAACACAUUAGGCAGGUGUUUGUGCGCCUUCACGAGUUCCUGAGGAUGGAAGAGGAAAGCAUUAUGCGGGAACUGCACAAUGAAGCUUGGCAGCGCUUCACUGUGCUGCAAGAAAUAAUCAUACAGCUGGACUUUGAAUCUACUGCAUUAUCAGAUAUCAUUCGAGUAGUCAGUGAGGAGCUGAUGCAAGAAGAUGCCAUACUAUUCCUAAUGAACAUGAAACUAAUACAAGAAAGAGUUAAAAUGGCAGUUUCUAAUCCCCAAAAAGUGUCUGUGAUGUUGGACAGUGCCAAGUACAAAUUCCUAUUGAUGUACAGUUCCUGGAAAAAAAUGGUCCAUGAAAUCGGCUUUAAUCCCGUGCCACUGAGUCUGGAUCCUGAGACUGCACACCGGGACCUUCUCAUCUUCAACAACAUGACCAACGUCAUCUUCAGCCAAAGUUUGACAAAGCCUCCCGACACCAGCUCGCGAUUCGUCAUCCACCCCUUUGUCCUGGCCCAGCAAGGCUUGUCAUCGGGAGUACACUACUGGGAGGUCUAUGUGGGAUGCAAAACCGGCUGGAUCAUAGGGGUGACUAAAGAGUCUGUGGAACGCAAGUCACCAAUCUCGCUGACACCUCAAGAUGGCUUGUGGACUUUGGAGAGAAGAAACAGACACUACGUGGCAAAUGAUGAGCCCCAGGUGGUCAUCUUUUCAGGGUAUCGGGCGCAAAUAAUUGGAGUUUAUCUUGAUUACGACAGAGGGCAUGUGGCCUUUUACAAUGCUGACUACAUGAAUCGAAUAUACACCUUCAGAGACACGUUCACAGAGACAAUGUACCCCUUGUUUAGUCCAGGUUUUAAUUUCACGCCACUGAGAAUAAUCCAUAUAAAUCCUUUAAAAGGUAGUGUUGUAAAGUAAAUGCAGUAACAUUUGAAGCUGCCUGUGAACCUAUUGCAGAUAUAACUUGUGCCUACCUAAAAACAGCUGGCUCAUAGCAGCAUCCAACUCAACUGCAAAUACAUUCAAAUUUCUCUUAAAUCUGUUAGAAAUUAUUUAGUUUUAUCUCUCUCUUUCUAUCCUUGCAUCCGACACAUCACAUUAUACCUCUAACCCAGACAGCAAGCAGGUGUUCUACUUCCAGGCUGUUGGCAAUUUCUCUCUGUGACUCGCCCCUGCUUGGAAUGGCUCCAGCAGGUUUCUUUCCACACCGUAAGGAGGUGCCCAUCCUUCGUGUUGUCCUUCCUGACAUCUUCACUGAGAUCGAGAAAUCACUGAAUAAAGAAUCAUAUACUAAUUCUGAGCAGCUCCCAUUUAUUCUGUGCCUUGAUAGAUCUGCUCCUCAUAACACCAUUUCUCUUAAUGUCCCAGGGACUCCCACAGCUCCUGCUAGGGAGGCCGCUAUGUGCCUUUCAGAGAAUGAUGUAGAACAAAUUACAAUGAACUUAUCGACAAGAAGUUCAUUACUAUUGUGUAAUGAACAAACCUUUGAUGGAUUGUUACUCAGGGGAUUGUGUUAAUUGAACAUGCAGUACCUCAGUGUGACACUGAUGAGGAAAUAACACUUUAACCUGCCUUUACUCAAUAAACCAUCCAUGCAUAUGCACGUUUUGUGUGUGUAUGUGCACCUGUGUUAGUGUGUGUGUGUGGGUGUGUGUGUGGGUGUGUGCCUGUUUGAAUGCUUGUGCCUGUAUAUGUGCAUGUGCCUGUGUGCGCGUGCCUGUGCAUGUGUGCCUGCUCCUGUGCAUGCUGCUAUGUGUUUCUAUGUUUGAGCCUGACCAUUUAUUCUGCAUUUGAACCUGUUGCUCUCUCAUUCUGCACUGGUCCCCUCGCUUCUUGAAUGUCAUAGGUUUCAAAGGUCUUAUAUUGUCACAUGUACCAAUUAAGGCCCAGUGAUAUUCGAAUUACCAUACAGCCAUACUAAACAAAAAAGCAACAAGACACACAACAACAUAAAAGAUAACAUAAACAUCCACCACAGCGGAUUCCCCACAUUCCUCACUGUGAUGGAAGGCAAUAAAGUCUAAUCUUCUUCCCUCAUUUUUCUCCCGCCCGUGAUCGGGGCAGUCGAACCAGCCGUCGAGGCGAUCGAAGCUCCCGCAGCCGGUGAGCUCCACGAUGUUAAAUCCCGCGGGCUCCCGAAGUCGGUCUCCUGCAUAGGCCGCCAACUCCACGAUGUUAAGCCUCAGUGCGGACGGAGACACGAUAUGGAAAAUAAUCGCAUCUCCGUCGAUGUAAGAGAAUGUUACAGAGUUCUUUCCCUCCCCACAUAAAACCAGCUAAAGAACACUGAAACAUACAUUUAUCACACACUCUAAAACAACAAAGAAGGAAGGGACGGUCCAGCAAUCCAGAACUAAAUCAGGAUUAUUUAUCCCUUCCUGUUUCUCCCGUUAAAGGCAAAAUAUCAGCUGCUGUCAGAAACAGACCCAUUCAAAAUCCAAGUGCUGGAUCCAAGUGCUCAUAACGCAGUGUCUUGUUAAAUCAAGUGCUUUCCAAAACAAAAUGGAAAUGAAUAAGUGCUGGCACAUUAUCUUAGUUAUACAGACACUGCAGGUGAUGAACAUUUCAUACAACUCUCAGUACUCUCCAUUCUGAAAUAAGUGAGUCCUCAAAGCAAAGAAGCAUAAUCAAACAACCAUAAU